AUGUCUUUAUACGUAGAUAAAUACAGACCAAAAUCGCUAGACGAGCUAGAUUAUCAUCACGAUAUAACCAAUAGAAUUAGAUCUCUAGCUCGCUCAGGUGAUUUCCCUCAUUUACUCUUCUAUGGUCCUUCUGGUGCAGGUAGAAAAACGCGUAUUAUGUGCACAUUACGAGAAUUAUUUGGACAAGGCGUUGAAAAGCUAGAACAGCUCAAAAUAGAUCAACGCGUCUUUCUCACGCCUUCAAACAGAAAGCUUGAUGUUAACAUCGUGCAGAGUAACUAUCACAUCGAAAUUACACCUUCGGAUGUUGGCCAAUAUGAUAGAAUUAUUAUCCAGGAUAUUCUCAAAGAGAUCGCGCAGACUCAGCAAAUUGAUGCGAAUGCAAAGCACAAAUUUAAGGUCGUUAUCAUAAAUGAGGCUGAUCAGCUUUCAAGAGAUGCCCAAGCUGCAUUAAGGAGAACUAUGGAGAAGUAUAUGGCUAACCUCCGUAUAAUACUCUGCGCACAGACAACAAGCAAAAUAAUUUCACCUAUACGUUCACGUUGCUUGCUUAUGAGAAUUCCAGCACCACAGCCUGAACAAAUGACAAUCGUCCUCAAUCAUGUCGCAAAGAAAGAACGUUUUCAAAUACCUGAUGAUGUCGCACAGCAAAUCGGCAAAGAAGCCACUGGCAACCUUCGCAAAGCUCUUCUCGUUCUCGAAGCAAUGAGGAUGCAAUCUCCAAACUUUGAUAUGGACAUUCAGAUAGCCAAGCCAGAUUGGCAAUCUUAUACCAUUUCCGUUGCUAAAGAUAUUACCAGUGAUCCUUCACCAGAAGGUCUGCUCAAAGUCAGAGGAAAAGUUUACGAAUUGAUCACACAUUGCAUACCACCAACACUCAUCCUCAAAACAUUACUUGAAGUCAUAUUGAACAUGGUUGAUGAUUCGAUUCGAGCUGAUUUGAUCUAUUGGGCUGCCUUUUACGAACACCGCAUGCGACAAGGCUCUAAGCAAAUUUUCCACCUUGAGGCCUUCAUCGCUAAAACUAUGAGCAUUCACAAAGGCUUUAUUUGUGGUUUUGAAGAUUUUUGA